AUGAACGACGGCUUUGUCAAGACUUGGCCACGAAGGCUCCUGCAGCUCGAAGGCGCUUGUAUAUUCGGUUCCACCAUCUGGGCCUAUUCACGUUCCGGACAGUCUUGGUGGACUUUUGCCGCCCUCCUGUUGACCCCUGAUCUGGGCAUGGCUGGAUAUCUCGCCAACACCUCAGCCGGCGCUGUCUUGUACAACACCUUCCACACGGAAACGCCUCCUAUACUUCUUCUCUGCUUUGGACUGGCACGAGACAACAAGACCAUCACUGGACUGGCUUUGAGCUGGCUCGCGCACAUCGGCAUGGACCGUAUGCUGGGCUAUGGGCUGAAGUACGGAACCAGCUUCAGUCACACACACUUGGGAGACCUGGGCUUCUCACGCAAGACGGAAGAGAAGAAGCAAUAG